AUGAUCUUCUCCGUCGUAAGAACGGGAAAAAAAAGGAUGGAUCUUCCUUCACAAAUUAAUACUACUAGCCUGGAUUACUGGAUGAACUGGAGAUUCUUGUUAUGUUCAAUAUGUGUCUUUGGUUCCAUAAUUUUAGCAUUUGUUCUAAUUUGGAAGUAUGACACCUCACAUGAUUUAGAAACUUACAAAGAGGGAAACCAACAAAAAAAGGCUUCUUCUUUGUAUGAAUGUGAAGCAUGGAUGCCAUGUGUGAAGGAGAUACACCCUGCUUGGUUACUGGCUUUCAGAAUCAUUUCAUUUUGUUUGCUUUUAACCGCUUGCACUGCUGAUGUUGUUCAACAAGGGACUGAAUUAUUUUACUAUUAUACUCAGUGGACUUUUACACUGGUUAUCUUCUAUUUUGCGUUUGGAUCACUGUUUUCAGUCUAUGGAUUGUUUCGCUACAACAAGAUGUAUACUUCUUAUAGCUUAAAUGCUAAUGAACAACAAGCAAUUUAUGCCCCUCUCAAUCAUCAAGAUUUGGAAAGUGCAUCAAAUCACCAGGAAGGAAGUUGUUUCUUGUUAAGUCCUGAGUUUUGGGGCUAUGUAUUUCAAAUUGUUUUCCAGAUGACUGCAGGGGCAGUGAUGCUAACAGAUUUUGUUUAUUGGAUUGUGAUUGUCCCAUUUCUUACCCUUGUAGAUUAUCCAAUGAAUUUUUUGACAGUUCUUGCACACUCACUUAACCUUGUUUUCCUCCUUGGAGACACACUCUUUAAUAGCUUGCGGUUCCCUUGGCACAGAAUUUCAUACUUUAUCUUCCUUACUGCCUUUUACGUACUCUUUGAAUGGGUUGUCCAUGCCUUCGUCAAUACUUGGUGGCCGUAUCCGUUUCUUGACUUGGCUAUGGACCUUGCUCCGUUAUGGUACGUAAUUGUUGCAUUAUUGCAUCUUCCAUGCUACGCUAUCUUUGCACUAGUUGUGGAAUUAAAGUAUCGCAUAUUGGGUAGAUGGUUUCCUGAAUCAUAUCGACGCUUGAGAUAACAACUUUCCCUUGAGAUUGCACUUGUGAAAAUGUAACCACAAACCCUAUCGGUUGAUAUUGUGAGAAAAUGCUCAAACUGAACAACACAAAGCAACCUUGAAAAAAAAUUCAUUCGGACUGCUUAUCAUAUCAGAUCAAAAGGUGAUUUAGCAUAUAUAAAUAUAUAUAUGUUGAUAUUAUUUAAGUGAUUUUGAACUUGUUAAUUCUUUGAGAGUUUUGAGGUAUUAAGAUUUAUUUGUUGAGUUGGAUUUACCUGUCAAUGUAUUUUUAUGUUCUUUUAUUUAAAUUUAAUAAAGAAAUAUUAUAGAGGGUCAAACUCAUUAGAUUACAAGAUGUAACUUUUAUAUCCCUAGUCAUAUUCUCUCUCUUCGAUUAAAAUAGAGAUAUAAAAGUCAAAUCACAUCACCUCUCUUUUUUUUUUUAGAUCAAAUACAUCUGAUGACACCAACCAUUUUGUAACCACAGUUAACUGUCCAACUGCUUUGUGAUCUCCAUUGUCGAUUGUUUUCGUCUAAGGACUGAGAUUGAGUUCUCUGGUUCUCUCAUGAAAAUGAAUUCUAUGAUGGACUUGACCCUUAUGAAUGCAAAAACUAGUACCUUAAAAAAAAAUGAUCCAUCUUUCCAUGAAUAAAACAAUUUAAGAUGUAAACACUUAGAAUGUAUUCGUUUUCUUUUUAACUAAUUUAUUUAAUAAAUUGUGUGUUUGACCUAAUAUGAAUAUAAUUUAACCCAAAUUCACUUGUUUUAAUAUUAAUUGUUGAAAACUUGAAAUUGCCCUUGUAAAUCUUGGUUUGAUUGGUGACAUAUUAAUAUCAUAUCAGUUAUAUAAUGAACAAUGUUUUUGUUUAAAGGCCUUACCGUAUACAUGCAACGGGGCUAGUUGUGGUUGAGCUGGCCACGAACAGCAACGGUCGGGCACACCACUCCGUUGUUUCGUGGUCGGCCGUUUCCGUGAUGGCUCGUGUUUGGAAUAACGAAUGCAAACGCCACUUUGACCAAAUGUUUAUAGCCGUUCAACGGCUAGUUUAUUUAUUAAAAAUAAAUAAAUAAAUAAACAAAAAUUUAACCAAUUUAUUUACCUAUACACUUUUAC